AUGAAGUUCCUUCACUCACCUUCAUCCUCUUCUUCCGCCACCAAUUACACCGCCACCGGCUGUUUCCCCGCCCUCCUGCGCCGCCUUCUGUGUUUUCACACCCUUCCCACACUCCCCUUUGAUCAUCACAUCGCAGAAUCUUAUGGAAAUGAUGAAUUUCAUGAGCUCGAGGGCAAUCCUGGGAUCGUGGCGAAACUGAUGGGAUUGGAUUCGAUGCCGGCGAUGGAUAGAUGCAGGGGAUUUGGGUUGCAGAAGGGUACUUGUGUUAAUGAAGUUCCGAGUUUUGUCGAGCUUGAAAAUGAGAAAUUCAUCAUUCUUAGCUUUGAAGGAGGUGGUAAAGAUAAGGAAUUGGGGUUGAAAUCUUCGAAAACGUCAAAGGGUUUGAUUGAAUUCAAGGAGAAAACGAGGAACAAGAAGAAUCAAGAAAUGCCCAUUUGUAAAAGUCCAGAGAGUGAUGGCAAAGUUAUGAAUUCGUGUAGAUUGUUCGAUUUCAACAAGAAUUCCGAGAACCCGUGUGAUACAGAGUUCUCUAAAAGAAGCAGAUCAAGGAAGAAAAAACUCGAGGAAGUCGACACCGAUUCCGAUUCAGAGAAUUCUAGCCCAGUUUCUGUUCUUGAAUUCUCAGACCAUCAAGAAGCUUUACAUUCAGGAAAACAAGAUUCAAAGCCGAAAAACUCGAACUUGAGGAGGGAAUUGAGAGCGGAUCUCGAGAAGAAUUCACCAUCUCCAUCGUCAGUCGUUGAUGAAUCAAGCAGAAAUGGUAAGAACUGUGUUGGAUUAAAGAAGCAGAAGCAGAAGAAGAAGAAGAAGAAGAAUCAUCAUGUUGUGAUUGAGGAAUUUGGGGAGAUGUGGGAAGAGAUCUGCAAAGUGGCAGAAAGAGAUGUGAUGAUGGAUUCAACAAGAGAAAGAUGGAAAGAUCAAGAAUUUGAAGAAAUUGUUGUGAAUUUUGAGUUGCAAAUUCUUGAUCACUUGAUACUUGAAUUAUUCACCAUCACAUGA